AUGGACUCUUUGGACAUAGCAAAUGCAGAUCUAUUGACCAGAGCUCACACUUGCCUCAACAAUCCUAUCUAUUCAAUUCAUCUCACACCUUGGAAGCUGUAUUUUGAUGGAUCAAAAACUUAUAUAACUUAUGGGGCAGGAAUUGUUUUGGAAGAACCCCUUGGAAUCAGACACUGUUACUCUUUCCAGUUAGAUUUCCAGGGCAACAACAAUAGGGCAGAGUAUGAGGCUCUAAUCAUAGGCUUAGAAAUGCUGGUGGAACUAGGAAUCCAAUCUGUGGAAAUUUUGGGAGAUUCUAUGCUUGUGCUAAAACAGAUUGCUGGAGAAUACAAAUGCCUAAGUCCUUCUCUAGAUGUGUACUUAGUAGCAGCUAGGAAUCUUCUAACAAAAUUCAGAGAGACAACUUGGGAACACAUCCCAAGAGAACAAAACUUUGCAGCAAAUGAGCUGGCUCAGGUAGCAACAGGCAUACAAAUGCCUGAAGAUUGUGUGCAAAGAAUCAUCAAGGUAGGGAAGAAAAGCCUACCAUCUGUUCUGACCAGAGGGAUGGAGAUAGAUGUCAAUUCUACCACGAUCAUUGAAGAUGAUUAG